UUCACCCUAACAUCCCUUAUUUAUUUAAUGUUUAUUUUCUGUAUGGCGUCAAGCAAUUCCACAUGCACAGCGUUAUUAGCCUCAUGAUGAAAUGAGCCAACUAGCUGAAAUAGCUGAGCUUGAAUAGCUCAGAUAGCCAAGUAGAUGUUAAACUGGGUUGUUGUGCUUAAUGCAUCUUACCGGAAGCUUGUUAUACACAGCAGAAAAUUUUGUUAACCUUUCACUAGUCUCCCAUCCAUCCACCUGAUGGCAGAAAUGACCAAUCCUUGUGGGGUAAAUGACUAGCCAACUGUGACUGUUGCAGGGCAGGAGUCUUGUGGAUGGAUCAGUACUAUAUCUUCAUUUAUCAGCUGGUGUUUUUAAAGCAGAAAUGUUUGAAACGGAUGCUACAGUGACAUCAGAGUUCGGCGUUCGGCACAUUCAUUUAGUGGACGCAUAUCAGCAAAGUGUCCAAUUUUGCAGUAAAGAAUGCACUUGUGUUUUAAUAAUGCACACUUCCUAUUUUCUUUAACGUUGUUUAGCUCCAGAUCAUGUGUGCAUCAUCAGCAUUUCAUGCUCAUACACAUUUAACCAAUCAGAUUGCUUGCUUGAAACUACACAUAGUAUAAUCUACAUUAAGCAGUGAUGAGCUUUCAGGAGUUGAACUGACUUAAUGUUUUGCCUCUGGAAAUUCAAAGGCUCUCCUCUCAUGGAUAUUAUAAUUUAAUUUGUGUGUGCCUUUUGUUGUUACAAACUGUUGGCUAUGGUCGAAGUACUAAUGAACAAAGAAUGAGAAAUGUAUCUGUACACACAGCUCAGUGAAGAAAUUUAUUGCCAAGCUUCAAGGUAUUGGUUCUUUGUCAAGGUAAUUGUACCUUGACAAAACCAGUUUUGUUUUGAGACAUUGGUAAUAAAUUUAUUCACUGGAGCUGAGCGUGCAGAUAUAUUUUUCCUCCUUCUCUUUUUGUUGAAAUCUAUUCUGUGCAUCAGCGCUACCAUGACUAAAACCAAGAUUAAUUGCUUUCAUAUCUCUGGUGUGGUAUCACAACUGCUGGGACUCACAGAGAAACACACACACACACACACACAUACACACACACAGUGUCUUUAUACUAAACACAUUUUUGCACACGGUACACCAUGUACCAGAUCAAAAUGAAUCUGCAUGGAUCAAAUUGAGCCCGUUCUAAUUGACAGUGAGGCUUCAAUGCUGCGCUGACAGCACACACGGUCCUCUCAGUUGGAACCAAAAAACGUGCCCACACUCUAAAGGGUGGGUUAAAAUGUGGAAUAUAAGGAGCCAUGCUUUGCUUUGUUAGCUGCAUAUGCACAGAGAGCAGAGAGGCACUUCUGUGUGAGGAUUUGUGCAUAUACAAGAAACCAAAUGGUUGCUAAUGCACCCUAUUGCUGAUACAGUGCACCUUUUUAUGUGUGCGCAUCUGAGUACCUGACUCUCCAUGCUCAUCAUAACUGCACGCAGAUGAUGUUGAUAGGGCUUCUUCAUUCCUUGAAGGAAACAGGGGCUCUUUUAGCAUCUGACAUUAAAGUAGGUAGUGUGUGCGGCUGCUUAUUACAAAGCCGACAGGAGGGGAAGCUGAUGCAUAAUGCACUUCUGUGGACAGAAAACAUCAAAGCACUGAGGCUACUGCCUGUUCACUCUUCUAACAGCAUCAAUUCCACUUCUCCAAUCACCUCUCUGUCUGACAGCCACACUGAGAUGAGGGAAGCAGGGAGGGAGAAAUAGAUACAGAAGAAAUCACUCUAAUGCUUGAAUAUGCAUAUGCAUCAUAUUGGCAGCCUCAGUGACUGGGCAGCAUCAUCUGAGCACGGAAGAGUGAGUGUUUUUUUGUGAGUGGGAGAGAUCGAGAUCAGGAGUGGGAAAGGCAAAGAAGAUACAGAGAGGAGGGAAGAGAGAACGAUAGAGAGAGCAAGUGUGCAGCUUUGAGGCGUUCCAUCAUCUACCAAACUCCUGCAGCUUCCCUCUUCCCUCCUCCUCCUCCUCCUCCUCCUCCUCCUCCUCCUCCUCCUGGAGAGAGAGAGAGAGCAACAGAGAGAAAGAGAGAGAGGGAGCAACAGAGAGAGGGGGAGAGUCACGCUUACAAGCCAGUGGAGAAGAGACGUCAAGAGGAGGAUCUACAAAGGGAAAAAAAAAUCCCUCUCUCUCUUCUGCUGCCUCUCUUCGUGCAUCCUACGGGCAGUGAGGAGUGAGGAGGAUCCGGCUGGCAUAUUUUCUACGCUGCUUCUCCGCAAUUUCUGAGGCUGUAUAACAGUGGGUGGAGCGCAGGGAGAGCCGCCGAGAGCUCGAUCGGUGACAUCGCUCCGCAGGAGAAGAAGAGUGCCGUCGAGGAGCCGGGAUGCUUAACAACCUGACCGACACAGAGGAGGGGGACGGGGGAGCGCAAAGCCAGGGUGACAGUAACCCGAAGGAGAGCAGCCCCUUCAUCAACAGUAGCGAUGCUGCCGCAGAGAAGAGCCAGCAGUACGACGGCAAGAACAUGGCCUUGUUUGAGGAGGAGAUGGACACCAGCCCCAUGGUGUCAUCUCUUCUCAGCAGCUUGGCCAACUACUCCAACCUGCCCCAAGGUAGCAAGGAGCACGAGGAGGCCGAGAACAACGAGGCCGAGUCAUCUCGCAAGAAACCUGUCAAGGCCCCGCAGCUCGGCACUCUGAUGGGCGUCUAUCUGCCGUGCAUCCAGAACAUCUUUGGAGUGAUCCUCUUCCUCAGGAUGACUUGGUUGGUGGGAAUUGGAGGUGUAAUUGGAACCUUUAUCAUCGUCACCAUGUGCUGUACCACAACCAUGCUGACUGCCAUCUCGAUGAGUGCCAUCGCUACCAAUGGAGUAGUGCCAGCUGGUGGCUCCUACUACAUGAUCUCCCGUUCCCUGGGCCCUGAGUUUGGGGGAGCAGUGGGAAUCUGUUUCUAUCUGGGGACCACCUUUGCUGGAGCCAUGUACAUCCUGGGGGCCAUUGAGCUCCUCCUGAUCUACAUAGUGCCCAAAGCGGCCAUCUUUCCCCUGGAGGGCCUGGAGGGUGCUGAGGCAGAGGCCGCCCUGCUGAACAACAUGCGCGUGUACGGGACCAUCCUGUUAACCUCCAUGGCUACGGUGGUGUUUGUUGGCGUGAAGUAUGUCAACAAGCUGGCCCUGGUGUUUCUGGCCUGCGUCAUUCUCUCCAUCCUGGCUGUCUAUGCUGGGGUUAUCAAGACCGCCGUCGACCCUCCCGUAUUCCCUGUGUGUGUCUUGGGCAACCGCACUUUGGUGUGGAAGACAUUUGAUGUGUGUGCCAAGACCAUUGAGACAGCUAAUGGGACAGUCACCACCCAGCUGUGGCGCAUGUUUUGUGACUCAUCUUUUCUCAAUGCUACCUGCGACAAGUACUUCACAGCCAACAAUGUGACUGAGAUCCAGGGAAUCCCAGGGGUCACUAGUGGAAUCCUGGCAGAGAACUUGUUUGGGAACUACUAUGAGAAGGGGGAUCUGAUUGCCAAAAGCAAACUGGAGUCAGUGGAAGAGCAGGACGACCCUCUGACCAACGCAAACCGCUACGUGUUGGCUGACAUCACCAGCUUCUUCACUUUACUGGUCGGCAUCUACUUCCCCUCCGUGACAGGCAUCAUGGCUGGCUCCAACCGCUCCGGAGACCUGCGUGAUGCCCAGAAGUCAAUCCCCAUUGGAACCAUUGCAGCCAUCACCACCACCUCCACUGUCUACAUGUCGAGUGUGGUUCUGUUUGGUGCCUGCAUCGAGGGUGUGGUCCUCAGGGACAAGUUCGGAGAGGGAGUCCAUGGAAACUUGGUGAUUGGCACGUUGGCCUGGCCAUCACCUUGGGUGAUUGUGAUUGGCUCCUUCUUUUCCACCUGUGGUGCGGGGCUGCAGAGUCUGACUGGAGCUCCUCGUCUCCUACAGGCCAUCGCCAAAGAUGGCAUCGUGCCUGCCCUUCGGAUCUUUGGCCAUGGAAAGGCCAACGGAGAACCCACAUGGUCCCUCCUCCUGACAGCUUGUAUCUGUGAGAGUGGCAUCCUCAUUGCUUCCCUCGAUGCAGUGGCUCCCAUCCUCUCCAUGUUUUUCCUGAUGUGCUACAUGUUUGUGAACUUGGCCUGUGCUCUCCAGACUCUGCUGAGAACUCCGAACUGGAGACCCCGUUUCAAGUUCUACCACUGGACUCUGUCUUUCCUAGGGAUGAGCUUGUGUCUUACUCUCAUGUUCCUCUGUUCCUGGUACUACGCCAUCGUUGCCAUGGUGAUUGCUGGCUCUAUCUACAAGUAUAUUGAAUUCGCAGGUGCCGAGAAAGAGUGGGGAGACGGGAUACGAGGUCUGUCUCUGAGCGCUGCGCGUUACGCUCUCAUGCGGCUGGAGGAAGGUCCCCCGCACACCAAGAACUGGAGGCCUCAGUUGCUGGUGCUGGUUAGUACAGAUGCAGAGCAAAAUGUGGAGCAGCCUCGUCUGCUCUCUCUGACCAACCAGCUGAAGGCAGGCAAAGGUCUGACCAUUGUUGGAACAGCUCUAGAGGGCACCUUUCUGGAGAGCUACGAGCAGAGCCAGCGUGCAGAGCAGGCAUUGCGUAAACUGAUGGAGACAGAGAAGGUGAAGGGCUUCUGUCAAGUGACCGUGUCUUCGAAUCUGCGUGAUGCCACCUCCCACCUCCUCCAGGCCAGUGGCCUAGGAGGCCUCAAACAUAACGCUGUGCUGGUAUCUUGGCCGCGUAACUGGAAGCAAGGAGAUGAACGCCAGACCUGGAGGAAUUUCAUUGAGCUGGUCAGAGAAACCACCGCAGCUCACCUGGCUCUGCUCGUCCCGAAGAACAUCUCGGCCUUCCCGUCCAAUGGAGAGCGCUUCACUGAGGGUCACAUUGAUGUGUGGUGGAUCGUCCAUGAUGGAGGCAUGCUGAUGCUGCUGCCCUUCCUCCUCCGUCAGCACAAGGUUUGGAGGAAGUGCAAGAUGCGCAUCUUCACCGUUGCCCAGAUGGACGACAACAGCAUCCAGAUGAAAAAGGACUUGACCACAUUCCUCUAUCACCUCCGUAUUGAUGCCAUGGUGGAAGUUGUUGAAAUGCAUGACAGUGACAUUUCAGCUUACACUUACGAAAAGACCCUGGUAAUGGAGCAACGGUCGCAGAUGCUUAAACAGAUCAACCUGACCAAGAAUGAGCGUGAGAGAGAGAUCCAGAGCAUCACUGAUUCGUCACGUGGGUCUAUCCGCCGUAAGAACCCGGCUGCUGUGACCACCCAGCUGAGUGUGACUGAGGACCCACCAGCAGCCACCAAGGAGGAGAAGCCCGAGGAAGAGUCAAAGUCGGCCUCUUCCCCUGUGUCCCCUCCUGCCCAGGUCCAGCUCAUCCAUGACAACACCACCCCAGCCAGCCCUGCAACCCCAGCCACCCCGCUGACCCCUGCAGAGGGCGCUCAGAGCCCCGGAGAGCAGGUCCAGAUGACAUGGACUGAGAAGUGUGACGGGGAGCCAGCAAAGCCACCUGGCGCAGCCACACCAGAGGGCAUCAAAGACAUCUUCAACAUGAAGCCUGAGUGGGAGAACUUGAACCAGUUCAAUGUGCGACGUAUGCACACAGCACUCCGGCUGAAUGAAGUCAUCCUCAAAAAGUCUUCAGAGGCCAAGCUAGUCCUCCUCAACAUGCCCGGGCCACCCAGGAACCGGACAGGUGACGAGAACUACAUGGAGUUCCUAGAGGUCCUCACUGAGGGUCUCAACCGGGUCCUCUUGGUCCGCGGAGGCGGCCGCGAGGUUAUCACUAUCUACUCCUGAAAGAGCGGUCCCUUCCCAAUUACCACCUCCCACCCCUCCCUCAUCCCUGUUUCUGUGUCACCUGUAGUCCCACCCUCUUAUCAGCGCCGCUUCAUCAUGUUGACCUUACGUUUAUUUCUGUAAGAUGGUCCUCUCACACCCAACCAAUAGCCCAGCUCAGCUUCAGCACCUCUCCCGCAACUCCAUCCCAGCAGACCAAUGAGCAGUGUCACAUGCUCAGCUAUUAAACCCUUCACUCUAGUUCAAUAAGCUACCAUAACUAUUGUAGGCCCUAGACUUGUGUAGAUGCUGUCUAGAUUUGUUCAGAUUCUUUUUUCUUUGCUAGUCUAAUCUACUGUAGUAACUCGCAAUGAGUCAGUCAUUCGGUCAGGAGGAUGUGGUGGUGUUUGGUGCGGGUUGUUAGCUGAGGUGUGAGCGCACAUGCAUGUGUGUGUCUUUAUAAAUUUCUGCAAAUUUUUUGUUUUUAUUUUUAAUUUCAAAUACAAAUGUGGCAUAUCAGCGGCUUCUGCUCGGAAAGAACGAGAGCCAGCUGAAAUGAGCUCAAUGUCGGAGUGUCUUAGUUCCCUUGUUGUGAUCGGACACCUCCCGCUGCAUUCCAGCCUGUUGUCUUUGAUGUGAUUUAUCUUUCAAGGCAAAAGACACUGCUACUCACGGUCAGGACCACCAGCUGGAAGGAGGAGAAUAUAGUUGUGAAAGUAUGAACUGUGAAAUUCACACUGCUAUACGAAGGAGACUGAAAAAAGCAUGUGGAUCAAACCUUCAGUUUUAUCUUAUCCAGAUCACUCCUCAGCAUGACACCCUUACAACUGUGUGUGUCCACUCCACUUGUUCUGUUACUGCCAUCACUGUCUUCCUCCCCAGUCCUCCUCUCAACUUAUUUUUCAACUCUUAGUGGCUGUUUAUCCCUGUGGCCACUGUUAGUGCCAAAAAAAUACAACAAGGCUAGCUUAGUCCGUAGAGAUUGACACGUAAUUAAACUGUGAAUAGUGUGUUUCCUAGCAGAAGGCUGGUGUGACAGCAGAAUGGGGAGACAGUACAACCCCACCCCCACCCCCGAGGAGAUUAUCAUUGCCAGCACCCCUCGACUCUCGUGUGGAUCACUGUAAAUAAUGUACAAGCUCUGAAGCGUUGUUCAGUAUGAGUGUAGUAUUUUUGUGACCUACUAAAAAGCUUCUAGUGGAGAGAAAACGUUCCUUCGCACAGAGGGACAGCUCAAAAUUGCUGUUUUUAACAUUUAUUUAUUGGAUGGCAUAGGCUCCUGUCACUAUGGUAAAAUGUCAUUGUAACCUCAACAAGCACUGCACCUGCACUGUCUGCCACUGUGCAACACGUGAAAUUUUGAUGAAUUCAUCAAGUUCAUUAAUUUAAAAAAGAACACUAAAUGUUAUUUUUUCAUCUAGAGAACAAAUAUGUAUUUAUGUUUAUAGACAGAAGUUACACAUAUUGAUGAAAUGGUUAUGUCAUUUUGAUUAUCACUCAAAGAUAUAUUGUUGUUUUUGCAUAAUUUAGAUGCAUUUAAUGUGCCAUAUCGAAGUAUUUUUCAAAGAGAAAUAGUGAACAAAAAAAUCUAUUGCUUAAAUCAGAGAGAACAUAUUGUCCUAAAAAAAUAGGAAACUGAGUUGUCUACAUGGAACUGAUGGUGUAGUUUGAAGGUCACCCUAUAGAUGAUGAUGAAAGAAUAGAUGUACAAACUUCCUUUAAACUACCAACAUUCAUAUCUGAAGUAGGCAUAUCAGGCAAGAUUUUGGAGAUUUUGAACAUCUAUUGAUCGAUUGUUUAUAGGGUCUAGUCUAAAUAAAAGAGGACAAUGGCUUCUGUAGCUAGGAAACUCACUUUGUCCACAAGACUGAACUCUAUGCAGUAGACUCUCCAGCGAGAUUUUGUAUCUUCUAGAUUGGCUAAGAUUUGAGCCACACAUGUCCCUGACUGAAUGACUUGUGAGCAAAUCAUAUUGGGGUUCAAAAAAGUGCAUCUUGGGAGGAUUGUGCAAUAGUCGAAAUCCGGACUCAUGUGAUCAUCUUAUUUAUUUUUUUACACAUAUAUUUUGUAUAUGUAGAUUUCGUAAGUCUUUAAAAAAAAUAUCCAGAAUCAUCUCACUCUGACCAAGGACAGGUGUCACUUUACUUUUAUUUUGUUUCUUUUAUCAAAGCAACUGUUUCUGGUCAUUUGCACUCGUAGUAGGAAUAUGAUUAUAAAUGAAUACAUAUAUAUAUACAGUAUAUACAAUAUAGAGAAGCAAAACAAAUUAGUUUCUAGAACUAUUUAAAAACAGUAUUAAAUGUUUUUAGUGUUGCUUGAAUGUCUGACCAUAUGUUGUGAAUGCUGCUAGUAUCAAUAGAUUUAUUUGUACUGUAAAUAGAGAUGUCUAAAGCAACAUUAAAUAUCAAGUGGAAAAGGGUGUAGACAUACAUAUCAACGGUGGUGGCUGUCAACCAAGAGAAGGCUGCACCUGUAAACCUGUAUUUGGCUUGUGAUUUCUGGACAGGGUUAGCUUUCUGUUUUAUUAGAAAACUACACUGGAUACCCUGAUGCAAUAUUACAGUGUGAGGGCAAAUCUGCCACUAUUUUGUUCUCUUUUUAAAAAAAAAAAAAAAGUUCUCAUCUUUAAUCCCAUUAGUAAAGUAAACCAAUUUUGAGAAAACAGAUUGUCAAUUUAUUUUUCUUAGAGAAACUUAAAUGAAUCUCCAAAAUAUGUUUAAAUAUGAAUAUUUCUGGUUUAUCUGCAAAGUGCUACUGUUUGCGACUUUUUAUCACACCUACCUUUGACACCUGUGAUACUUAAGAAGCAGCCACUCCUAGUUUUCAAAGAUUUUAGGGUGCCAAGUGAAGAUUUUCUUUAAUGUUCUUGUGACACUUGAUGCUGACAAAAGGGUUGUUUAUCGCUCUCAUCAGUUUUUGAAGAACAUGGCUAUUUCUCCACAACAUUGCCUGCAUCAACUGAGCCUUUAAAAUUUAUUCAAAAGAAAAGAUAUCUGAUGUUUAUUGGAGACGUUUAUCGGAAAUCAAUUUAUUUAUUGAAUUAUAAAUGUUUUAUAAUUGCUGUUUGCAUGGUACUAUGUGGCAAUAUUUGUUUUAGUGGUUUCUAUAGUGAUGACUUACAUGUUCAAGGUGCAGAGUGGGGAAAAGGUUGUCAAAUGUUCUCACUGAGUUACAGAUUUUGAGAACUCAGAAGUGUUUAUCGCUCAGUCAGCGACAUGGGGAGACCUUGAAAACAAGUCUUUUGCAAAAAAUGAGAAAAAGUAUGAGUUCACUAUAUUGUUACUUGUUAUAUUUCAAUCUUGCUCAAGUAGUCUUAUGUAAUGUAAUAGGAGGUUUUCAGUUUGUGAAUGAAUGGACCUUAGAAAUGGUCAUUUCACCUUUGUAAAUAUAUAUCACUUAAGUCAGAGA